GUGGCUGGAGCCGCCCCUCUGCCCCACUGAGCGCACAUGUCCACCUACCUGUGCCCAGAAGAUGACCAGGCUGCUCUUGGGGGUGACCCUGGAAAGGAUUUGCAAGGCUGUGCUGCUGCUCUGCCUGCUCCACUUUGUCAUCAUCAUGAUCCUCUACUUUGAUGUCUACGCGCAGCACCUGGACUUCUUCAGCCGCUUCAAUGCCAGGAACGUCUCGCGUGCCCACCCUAACUCCAACUCCUCCCGCCCCAACAGCACCAUCCCCAGCUAUGGGCUGGCUGGUGCUGAGGCUCCAUCCACCAGCACCAAGCCUGGCACCAACCAAUCUGCCACUGAGAAGCCCUUGCAGCCCUGCCAGGAGACACCUCCUGGCUUAGUUGGGCGCCUACUCAUUGAGUUCAGCUCUCCCAUGAGCAUGGAGCGGGUGCAGCGGGAAAACCCUGAUGUGCGCCAGGGUGGCAAGUACACCCCUCCAGACUGCCUGCCCCGGCAGAAGGUGGCCAUCCUCAUCCCCUUCCGGCACCGCGAGCACCACCUCAAAUACUGGCUGCACUACCUGCACCCCAUCCUGCGCCGGCAGAAGGUGGCUUAUGGCAUCUACAUCAUCAACCAGUUUGGCGAGGACACCUUCAACCGGGCCAAGCUGCUCAAUGUGGGGUUCCUGGAGGCGCUCAAGGACGACGAGGAAUAUGACUGCUUCAUCUUCAGUGAUGUGGACCUCAUUCCUAUGGACGACCGCAACCUCUACCGGUGCUAUGAGCAGCCGCGGCACUUUGCCGUUGGCAUGGACAAGUUUGGGUUCAGGCUGCCCUAUGCUGGUUACUUUGGUGGCGUCUCUGGGCUGAGCAAGUCCCAGUUCCUGAAGAUCAAUGGCUUUCCCAAUGAAUACUGGGGCUGGGGAGGAGAGGAUGAUGAUAUCUUUAACCGCAUCUCCCUGAAUGGCAUGAAGGUGUCGAGGCCCGACAUCCGCAUCGGGAGGUACCGCAUGAUCAAGCAUGAACGUGACAAACACAACGAACCCAACCCGCAGAGAUUCACCAAGAUCCAGAACACCAAAAUGACGAUGAAGCGGGAUGGGAUCAGUUCGUUGCAGUACCGGCUGGUGGAGGUCUCUCGCCAGCCGAUGUACACCAACAUCACAGUGGAGAUCGGCAGGCCACCCCCACGCCUGGCCCGAGGCUAGCAUUCACCCUGCCAGCACAGCCACUGAGACACAGCUGUGUCCAGACUAGCUGGGCACACCAGGUGUUGCCCCAGCUCCUCAAGAGCCAGGACUGGAUGGGGAUGUUUUCUGCCUCCUCUGCUGCCCUUUGGAGAUGGCUGCCUCCCAGCCCCUUGGUCCCCAGGAUUUCUCUGUCCCCACUGUCCCCACCAGUGUGUUUGCAGGACUCCCGCCCCAUACUUAGUAUGUUGGCAGAUGAGCCUGGCUGCCCCACAUGCAGCUCCUGGCACAGAGGGAGGGGGCAUCUUCAGCCCUGGCAAGGAGCUUUCUGCCCGUGCCAGCUCCUAUCUGCACCCCAGGCGGGGAAGGUGAGAUCCCACUGCUCUGGGAGAUCUGGGAAGGGGGGGGUCCCUGACUAGCGCUGCAAGAAGCAGGGUGCAGGCUUCACCCUUCACCAGCGUUGGAAUGGCUGCUGCCCUGGCCAGGGGUGGGAGCAGCCUGGGCCCCCCCUAAGCAGGGAGGAUCAGGGAGAGGUUGCUGCCCAUGCUGCUAGGCAUGCAGAUGUGGCUUGCUGUCUUCCUCUGCUUUUAGUCUGGUGCUUAGAGCUGGGCCCUGUCUCAGCUCUGCCAAACAGAGACCUCUGGUUAGCAAAUGCCCCUCUCUGUGCCUCAGUUUCCCCAGGGCUGGGAGUGACUCCUGUGUCCUGUCUCCCCUCCACAAAGGCAGAUAAUCUGAGUGCAUGCAGCCCAUGCCUCCAUCUGCCCUCCCCACUUGGGGGAGGGGGAAGGUGAGGGGCAUGGGGCUCAUUUGAACCCCAAAGCCCUUCUUGGUGGGAGCAAGUGCAGGGCAGGGCUGUCCCAUGGCUCCUUCCAGUAGUGGGUGCCCCACAGGCAGUUUGGGGGCCACUCAGGUCUCCUCGUUCUCUGACUUCCUCUGUGCAGGCCUGGGGCAGGGGGUCUGCAAGCAGGAGAGGCUGAGGCUGUGCAGAGUGGGCAUCCCAUGUCCCUCCAUGGUACUGGGAGCCCAGGCACCCCUCAACAUCCCUUGGGGGGGCCUGGGACCAGUAGGGUUGGGAGCAGGGCAGCAUGCCAGAGCAGGGGGGCACCAGUGACUUUUGUACAUUUGAAUGUCUGACCCUUUUUUUCAGCGUACGUUGGAUGCAGCGUUUGGUCGCAGAGACCGAGGUUUUUGUA